AUGUAUCCUGCAUUACUACAGGAAUAUAUUAUUUUAUUGUUUGGUAUAUUUUUCUAAAUAGAAGUAUAGAUGAUAAGAUUUUGUCAUAGGUAUUAAUCUCUUAAAUUCUAAAUACCUUUUUACUUUGCGCAUAUGUAUAUAGCACACAGGAAAUGAGCUUAAUUUAAUCGAUAAUGAUAAAUGAAAUGGGAAGAAAUAUAAAUAUAAGUAGAUACAAAUAAAUAUCUAUUCAUUUGUAUUUCUUAUGAUUUCAUUUAUCGAAAUUAAGCUCAUUUUGUAUAUAUCUGAAAUGUAAUCUCCGACGUUUUCAUUAAAUUUGCAUCAUUUUAAUUGUACCAUUUUUAUUUUUCCUACGAAACUACGAUAUUUUUUACAAUAAAAAUUAUGUUAGAUUUUAUGAGAAUCUAUUCCUUUUGAAAAGUUCAUUUAUGUCAUGCAUUUUUGUCGUUUUACCUAUCCCCAAUGCUAUAUCUUAUACAACAUUUACGUAUUUAUUUAAAGAUUUAUAUGCAUCUUCAUUCCGAAUCGAACGUCGAUACGAAAAUUUGAAACCAUCUGUUUUCAAACUGAGAUUUAAGAAUGCUUUGGCCAUUCUUGUGCCAUAUAACGGUCCAGCAUUUUCCAAAUUCUAUUGCGAUUUUAAUGAUGGUUUCACUGACAAAUGAUAAGAAUCAACAUGUAUUAUUACCGGUACUUCUCAGUGCUUGUGCAAUUCCAAUUUCUGUGAUGUUUUGGUUUAUAAAUAUGAUUUAUUCGGUUUUUUAUUCAGAUUCUAGAAGUCACUUUGAAGAUCGUCUGGUUGUAUCACCAUGGAGAUGGUUAACGGCUGUAUUGCUUCCAAUUUUUAUGGCAUUUUGGGGUUUGAGGAGAAAAAGUGUAGAUAUCAGUGGUGCUAUUCUUGGAUUAUUUAUGGGUUUUAUUCUGACACUUAGCAGUUUUAGUCAUGUGGCUUGUCUCUUUGCAUUCCUUGUUUCUUCUACUAAGGCAACAAAGUUUCGUGCCACAGAGAAGAAAAAAAUUGAAGCAGACUUUAAGGAAGGUGGUCAAAGAAAUUGGAUUCAAGUAUUAUGCAACGGUGGUAUGGCAACUCAAUUAGCACUCUUGUAUUUAUUGGAUGUGGGAAAUGCAGAACAGCCAAUUGAUUUUGACAAAUAUUAUAGAAGUUCUUGGCUGUCAGUAGGAAUUUUAGGAGCUUUUGCAUGUUGCAAUGGAGACACUUGGGCUUCAGAAAUUGGAACAGUUAUUGGUAGUAAAGAUUCAUUUCUUAUUACUACACUAAAGAGAGUUCCAAGAGGAACAAACGGUGGUAUUUCUUGGGUAGGUUUAUUAGUCUCUAUACUAGGUGGCAUAACUGUAGGUUUAGCUUAUUAUUUAACAGUAUUGAUAACUGUGGACACAGUCGUACUACAAUUAGCAGUGCCACAAUGGCCAAUUAUUGUUAUUGGUGGAAUCGGAGGUUUUAUUGGUAGUACAAUAGACUCAUUUUUAGGAGCUACAUUGCAAUAUAGUGGAAUAAAUGAAAAAGGAAGAAUAGUAGAACAUCCUGGAAAGGGUGUGAAACACAUAUGUGGUAAACAAAUUUUGGAUAAUCAUAGCGUGAAUCUUCUGUCGAGUGUUAUUACUGCACUUAUAUUGCCAGAAAUAGCAAAUAGCUAAUCAUCAACAGUCAGGAUCAUCAACAUUGUGUUUGCUCGUUGUCGGACAAGUCGCUGGACUUGAUCAGCAUCCUGGCAUGAUUGUUGUGACUAUUAGAGACAGGAGUGGCGGCGACCAGCUGGACGAUUGGCUGAUGGUCGGUCGUGGCUCGUUUUUCGUCCAAAAGUUCCCGCAUGGUAGACUGAUAGUCACACCUUCUCCUCUCCCGGCAUCGGACCUGCGGUCGAGCGGAUAAACUGAAACAGUCAACGUCCCACAAUGGACUUGACACGGGCACGUUGUCAUUGGCACGACACGGACAACUUUCUCCUUCGCUCUCCAUCUCGUUUUCCAUUCACGCCAUUCUCUGCUUGUUAGUUGCUCGUGCCGUUCUCGAGCUUUAUGUACAGCGGUAGGCUGGGCGGUGUUAGUUUUAGGGGUUCAUCUCAUCUCAUCUCAUCUCAUCUCAAGGAUUCGAUCGCGGUCCGCAUCGCACCAUUGACUAAUCGUGCAUUCCAAUAUUUUUCUGCACCUUUUCUCUUUUUGCUUUGGUUACCAUGAAGCGUGAUCGUGACUCUUGAUGGGGUACCAUCAGCGUAAGCAUAAAUAGAUAUUUGGGUGAUAAGUCUAUGUGAUUUGCUAGGCGUUGAGUAAAUGUUAAUUAGGUCCAAUAGUAAUGAAAUUAAGCUCGAGUUGAUUUGUUGAGUAGCUUUAUGUUAUGUACUUGGUUUUGAGAAAUUAGGGGUUUGUCCUCGAAUUAAGGGAUUAGGAAAUAAAGUAUAACGUUCAAUCCUCUGCAAGGUGGUUGGUUUAAUAGUUUGAACAGUUUUAUUUAAUGAGUGUAGAUUUAUUAUUUAUUGCAGCAAGUAAUGAGUAGAAAAUGGUAUCUGAUAUUUUAUAAUUUUAAUUUAAAUAUUUCAGCUUCAAAUAUUCAAUGAAAUGGUGAUUGGAGAAUAAUGCAGAGUGUUGAACAUGAAAUUUUUCAAAAGGAAUAUGUAUUACGUUUGAUUGAAAAAUUGGCUGAGCGUGAAGUCGUUCUCGUGCAAAGUUUCAAUUGAAAAGCAAUUCUUUCAGUUACUGAGCAUGUUAUUAUAGUUAUCUCAUUUUUUUUUUAUUAUAGCAUGCUUACAAGAAUUCACGAAACUAUAACUUAAGAAAGUUUAAUUUAUUCUUAAAUUAUAUCGAAACUUAAAUUAUAUUCUUAAAUUCCUUGAACUUAUAAAAAAUGAGAUAAUGUCAUCCAGAAAAUUUCUGUACACACGAUGAAAAAUUAUCGAUAUUUUAAAUAAACUAACUCUUGUUUAACCCUGUGAGAAAAAGAUAGACUUCAAUCUUUAAGGCUGUGGUGGAUUUAGUUAUGAAAAAAAUUUUGUUAGUGUUCAUAAAGACGUUGAAUUUGCAAAAUUUUUGACAGAAGAAAUAUUUCUACUUAAUCUUUGAUUAAGAUAAAUUUACGAUUUUUUUUUAUUGUAGCAAUUUAAAUUGUCACUCGAUAUUUUAUCGAGUGUGAUUAAACCGAUUGUACAAUUUUUUUUUUUUUUUUCAAGAAGUUAAUAAGAGUUUAA